UCUGCCUCCUCGUAGGGACCACAAUUCGCCAAAACCCUGGCAUGUCGAUCGAAUCACGGGAAGCCGCACAGACUCCCGAAUAAUUUCUGCGGCUGACGGGUGAUGAGACGAGGAUGGGAUGAGGGAGAUUGCGCCGGUCCGGUCACCCCGGGAGCUUCCGGCUGGCGGAGGCCCAGGGCAAACCAUUGGCAAUGAAGAAACGGCAAAGAAGGAGUCAGACUCGGAAAACGAAAGAAGAAGAAAAAAGAAAGAGGGGGGAAAAAGGAAGAAGAAAAAAGGAAGAAGAAAAAAGGGAGAAGAAAAAAGGGAGAAGAAAAAAGGGAGAAAAACUACACACGAAAUAAUAAUAAAAGAUAAUAAACAGGAAAAAGAGAUGGAGAUAUGCAGCACAGCGGGUCUCCUCGGUCGAGAUCCAUGCUCAUGGUCCCCACAUGACGCCUCAUAGAUUCAAAGCGCACGGCACGUGGACACCGCUCAAUGGACUGCUAGGGGCACGAUUGGAGGGUCGAUCAAUGAUCAAUGCACACAAGAAGUCAGUCAAUAGGAGAUG